CCCAAUCAACACAAUACAGUGAAGCUGGGAGCUUUCCAGGCUCAGGAAAAAGAACUGGUGUUUGACAUUGACAUGACAGACUACGAUGAUGUGAGGAGAUGUUGUAGUUCUGCAGACAUAUGUUCUAAGUGCUGGACCCUCAUGACAAUGGCCAUACACAUCAUUGACCGAGCAUUGAAGGAGGACUUUGGAUUUAAACAUCGUCUCUGGGUAUAUUCUGGAAGGAGAGGUGUUCAUUGCUGGGUCUGUGAUGAAUCAGUUAGAAAACUGUCCUCUGCAGUACGUUCUGGGAUAGUUGAAUAUUUGAGCGUUGUAAAGGGUGGUCAAGAUGUUAAAAAGAAAGUUCACCUAAGUGAAAAAAUUCAUCCUUUUGUCAGAAAAUCUAUAAACAUAAUAAAAAAAUACUUUGAAGACUAUGCCUUGGUUGAUCAAGAUAUUCUUGAGAAUAAAGAAAGCUGGGAUAAGAUUUUAGCCCUUGUUCCUGAAACAAUGCAUGAUGAACUUCAACAAAGCUUCCAAAAGCAUCACAAUUCACUUCAGCGCUGGGAGCAUUUGAAGAAAGCAGCCAGCAGAUGUCAGAAUAACAGCAAAAAUGACAAAUGUGGACCCUGGCUUGAGUGGGAGAUCAUGCUCCAGUACUGUUUUCCACGACUGGAUAUCAAUGUUAGCAAAGGAAUCAAUCAUUUACUGAAGAGCCCUUUUAGUGUUCAUCCUAAAACAGGUCGCAUUUCUGUGCCUAUUGAUUUACAGAAAGUGGAUCAGUUUGAUCCAUUUACUGUUCCAACCAUAAGUUCCAUUUGCCAUGAAUUGGAUGUUAUUUCCACUAAAGAAGAAGAAAAAGAGAACGGAGCUGAAUCUGAUAUCAAACAUAGAACCAGAGAUGGUGCUGUUGAAUCCAAUUUGAGUCAACAAAUAUUCACAAGUAACAUCUGAAUGCCAGGAUCUAUAUUGUAAGUUUAAAUUGUCAGUUGGUUUUGAUAGUUGUUUGAAUCUCACAGUCUUUUUUUUUUUUUAAUACAGCAGGU